UACUGCGGCAUUCGCGGUCGUGUUGAGCACUUUUGAGAAAAGAAAAAACGAGGAAGAAAAAGGAACGUGAAUGACUUAUUUAUAAGACACGAUCCAGCAACAUUCACCUGGCAGCUGAUGUGGCUGGGGGCACUUCGCUGCUCGGUUUCUUGCAUCAGCUGCAGAUUUGAGUCCCGAUGGCGGAACUAUCACAGUAAAUCUUUUCCCUUUGGCCUAUUAAAGCUACGCUGCCUAUUAGUUUCCUUGCGUAACUGACACAGUCGUGACUGGCAAUCCAGGGCCGAAAAGAGACACGCCAGUACAAGAAUCGCAUCAAUAAUAUGGACUUAUAUAGAUGUGACUACCUAUUAACGACACUCCAGAAACAGAGAGCAGUCUGUAAAAUGACUGGUAAUGUUGAAGAGAUCGUCUCUAAAAAAUCACAAUUAUACUAUGCCUGCUUCACUAUACUGUAUUCAGGGAUCUAUGAUGUCCUCUUUGGUGGUUUUGUUGGAGGGGGAAAACUGCAUGUCGGAUAUAUCAUGCAGCAAGCAUUUCGUGCAGCUAGCAUUGACACCCCUAUGGCACUAGGAGUAAUAGGUGCUCAGCUAACAAGACCAGCCAGCAGCUGCAGGGAUUGUUGUAAUCUAAAUGUUUGAGUUCCGUUAGCACACUGGAGUGGUAUAGUGU